AGCCAAAGCAAAUGUGAGCAAAAUAUAUUAUAAUGUCAAUAAUUGUUUUGGUAAGAUGAAAUAAAUACAAAUGUUGAUAUAAUAUAUUUAUAACAUUAUGUUGAUCAAACUCUUGAUCUUUAUUAUUAUAAUGUCACCAUUUUGUUAUAAAUUAUUUGAUGACAACUGUACACUGCGCUCCCAAGAUAGAUGACUUACUGCUCGAUCUAUUUGAGUAUGAAAACAAAAACUACAAUGAAAUUGAGGAGCCAAUAUUGAAAGACAAUAAAAAUAUUGCAAUAGAUAAAGACGCAAUACAACAUUUUGAAAUCAAAACUUUGAAAAAUCAUUCAUCCACGGUUAAUACUACUACAAAACAGACAUCUAAAAUUUUAUCAAUACUGAGAAAAAAGGUUCUUCGCACAGAUUCAAAAAAUGAUACUCAAUCGCCUUGUUCUUCAUCGUAUGAGUUUGAUGCAACUAAUUGUAAAUACAUUAAUGAUAGACUUCUAUGCGGCUAUGAGAGAAAUAAAGGUAAUGCUAGUAAAUCAGUACAAGACUUAGGUAAUGGAUGUCGCUAUGUCAAUGACAGAAUAGAGUGUGGUUAUUUGGUAGGUCCGUUUCAGCCGACCAAUGAAACCGAUAUAGUUUCACGAACACGAGAAAUAAGAAUUGAAAAUAUCCAUAUUGUCACUAAUGAAUCUGCAGAUAUUGAACUUCUAAACAUUGUAGUGAAUGUAACAGAUAAUCCUCUAAAUAUUACAUCUGAAAUGGACUUCUCACAUAAUUCUACAAGUGAUUCUCCAAACAUAUAUGUAUCAACCAUCUUUACUAAUGAUACAUCUGAUACUGAGAAAAGAAGCACUGUUACAAAUAAUACUACUGAAAUUGAUAUUACAGGCAAAGCUAUAAAUGAUACUUCUAAUAUGGAAUUUAGAAAGGUUGAAACAUAUGACACCGCUGAUAUAGAAAUUAGAACCAUUAGUUCUGAUAAAGAUAUUGCAAAUAGAAUUAUCACGGUCUUUCCGACACGUAAGGCACUUGAAAAUAUAACACAACAGAGUACCUUUAAAAACGAUGUUAAGUUGACCAAUAUUCCCACGAGCUCGGCUCAGCAGUCGCCAAUCAAAUCUUUAAAUAUUGUAAAACCAAAAAAUUCCCGGAACAGGAGACGAUUUAAUAAUAGUGUUAACAGUACCACUAAGAAGUAUCAAAGAUAUUGUGUGGAAAAAUAUGACUGGAUAUUCUGUUAUGAUACUGUUGACACCUGACACAUUUUUAAAUUUUAUGUUAAUAAAUAUCAUAAUAAAACUUAAGCAAGAACUUCUGCAUUAACUCCUUCGUUUCAAAGAUUAGUCAUCUCACCUACCAAUGAUUACUUUUUAACGCAAACAGAGCUGGGUAUUUUUAAUUAGUGAUGAUUCGACUAUAAUGUGUAAAUAUUUUCCGAAGUUGGUGAUUCACUAAUUAUAUCUAGAAUUGAUAUUUUACAUUAUUCCAACUUGAACCAAAUUUAUGUACUUAAUAUGAAUUGAUACUUAUUUAUAAUCCCAAUACUCUAAAAUAAAAGGGAAUAAUUAAUUACUUCGCUGUUAACACCGUUUUCUCAGAAACAUGAAGUAAAGUUCAAAAAUUAAUGGUCAAUUUAUCCCUCUACAGUAAAUAAAGAAUAAAAACUAAAAAUAAAACAAACAAAAACAAGAAAAAACUAAUGAAACAAUUUAUCACUACUGUCGGGUGGUUAAACUAAUUUAAUAAUGAAAUAGUUCAACUUGAGAAAAACUUAGAGUAUUACUUAAUAUUUUUUUUAUAUCAAUAUGAUAAUGUUAUUAGGUAGGCCCCCUCCAAGAUGGAUCGACGAUCUGGUCAAGAUCGCCGAAAUACGUUGGAUGAGGGCAGCGCAGGAACGAUCGUCGUGGAAAUCUUUGGGGAGGACUUUGUCCAGCAGUGGACGUCUUCCGGCUGAUGAUGAUGAUGAUGAUGAUAAUAAUGUGAGGAAAGGUUACAUAUUAAUAAGAUUAUAAAAUAUAUUUUAUUCUUAGUUACAAUUUUUGAUUAUUGUUCAUUAGAAUUUGGUGUAUAAGUAUCAUUAUUUAAUCCUAUAAAAGUAACAAUUGGCAUAAGGUAGUUAUCAUAAGCAAAUAAUAUUUUUAAAUAUACCACCCAUUCCAAAAUUUAUGCCUUAGACCUCUGAAGAACGGGUGCAAGACACUCAGUGGGCUACUUCUAUUUUUAUAUAAACUACAGUUUUGGUUUAUGUGCCUGUUCUGCUCAGGUCUGAAUACACUAUUUGUGGAUUAUGACUUUUAAAACCAAUUUUGAUUAUUUGUCUUUCCUUAAUCCAUCCUACAACAUCUUCUCUACUCUUGCGUUUCUCUGCUAAUAAGUGUUUCCUGUAGAUUACACAGCAUUCCCUCAGUUAUCGUGAAGAGCUGCUCGAAUUGUCAGGGCUCUGUGUUGCUUAGAGACAUCGCUUCAUCACAUCAAAGUUCUACGUACGCAACGAAAAUGGAAUUAAGUCGAAAAGUUUUAGAGCGAUGUUUUGUAUGAUUUUAAAAGUUCUCUCUCUCCGCAAGACUGUGCCGCUCGUCUUCAAAAUGCUUUUGGGAGAAAAGCACCUUGCUUGAGCACCGUGAGGCGAUGGUGUGCUGAAUUUGAGAGA